UUUCUUUGACUAACCGAAGCUGGUAUCAACAGGGCACAUGUGAAGGAAUGCAGCUCAGGACUACUUUGAAAAGAUUUUGAAAAGAUUAGCAGUCUUUUAAAUAAUGCAUGAAUGGAGGAUUUUCAUGAAAGGACUACAUUUUUCAAAGUUCAAAGUUGUGAUUUUGGUUUGUUUUCAGAUUUUGGGAGAGAGUGCUGCAUGCAAAGACGGGGCGGGUGCAACUGCAACUUCAGAUCCUGAAGAUGGUGGAGAUGGAGACAUCUCUACAAUGGACCCUGAGCCAGAAGUGGUCAAUCGUGGAUCACAGUGCAACAUAAGAUGUUUACAUAGUUCAUUAGCUGUUCAGGUAAAGCCUCAGAUAGUGGAUGUGGGGACUCAAACCGAAAGGUUUGAGCAUUGCAGAUCAACUCGACUGGCCAGUCCUGAACAAAGUGAUGAUGAAUGGUCAUUUUCUGAUAUCAUCAACCAUUCUGGUGAUAUGUCAUGGAGUCCAGGGGAGGAGAUGUUGAGCGAGUUCUCUGAGGAGGAACCAGAAGAGCUGGAAUCUCUCAGUGACCCAAAUGCCAUUGACAAGUUCAUUGUUUGCCAGAGGCAGUUGCUGUCCUUGUUCACAGCUUGCCCUGCAUGCUGUCGUGAAACCCAGGGACACAUAAUGCACCCGGAAGCAACUUUCAUAAAAGUCAAGCAGGUAAUGUCUUAUUUGUCAACUGUCUAUGAGGAGCUGAAUUAUAGUCUGUGA